CGUCGGAUGGAUGAUGGAAGAUCCCGCGGCCUUGCUCUUGAUUUUCCUCGCGCACUACCCCCUCUCACCACAAGCAUUCUACACCGUCUAGGUCUGCAUAUCGAUCAGAAUGCCUUAGGAUUGUCAAAUUCUUUCUCAAAUUUCAAAAAUCUCGUUUCCUCUGAAACGAGAAACUUCGAAACUUUACUCUUCCUCCCCACCGCACCCGUUUCUCUACGUCCGUCACUGCGCCAGACCCUCGCUCUCUCUCACUACGACAGUCGACCUCGCGCGUUCCUCUUGGCACGCCGAUCGACGUCGCGAUGAAGUCGGCAAAGACAUCGUCGGGGGAUACUCCCUCAAGUCGGAGGUCCCAACCCGUUCGACAGACACGAACCAACCCCCCGCGCGUCUCCUCUGGCCUUCGAGGAUCAGCGAAUGGCCGAGACUCACUUGCUGGCGGCUCUGCUUCUGACCAGCCCAUCGACAUUUAUCCUGCCAUAUCCUACUUCUCCGAUGCGAUUGCGGCCCUCCCGAAAGAGCUCGUCCGACACUUUACACUUCUGAAAGAGGUCGAUGCCAAAAUAUUCGCUCCCGAGGAUGCGCUCUUCAAGCUCGUCGACGCUGCCAUGAAUGCCCCUCUUCCACAGCCCCGACCAGUGAACGAUGCUUCCAGCAGUGUCGCACCUGCAUCGGCUCCAAUGAGUGCACAGAAUAGUUCCAGCGGAGGACCGCUGGGUGGCCCGGCCCCUCCACCAGCUCCCUCGACCGACGGUUCCUAUGCGACAUCCAUCUACGACCCGAGCAACUUUCCCCGUAGACAGCUUUUCCGACAGACGGCCUACAAGAUUCAGGAGAUGCUCGGGUCAUUGGAAGAGAAGAACCAUGUCAUCUCGACCGCGAACGAUGCACUCCAGAAACAGCUGGCCCGGAUUGACGAUGUCUGGCCGCACGUAGAAAACGAGUUUAGCGACGAGGCGAAGUGGGGGAGCGAUACCCAUUGGGCAUACCCUGAGAAUCGAGCUGCCACCAAGGCGGCACAUACUGAGCGCUCACGGCGUGAGGGAGCUGCUGCGAUAUCGGCAGCCGCUCAACAGCUAGCUGAGGAGGCCGCUGCUCGAAGCGACGCACGCAAGCAGGCUGUCCAAGCUAAGAAGAGUCAAAAAACGCAGGCUCAGCCUCAUGAAUCCGAACUUGACGACGCUGAAGGUCGCAGCAAACCAGAACCGACGAAGAAGGGGCAUGGAGGUGGCAAGGCACGCAAGGCAGCUGAGGCUGCUGCCAACGUCGGCUUGGGAAUCUCAACAAAUGGCAAUACGAACGGAGCCGCGCCGCAACCCAAGAGACGCAAAGUUGAGAAAACUCCUAGUGGAAACAACGCAGCGGAGCGGGCCAUGAGCACCGUCUUUGGAGCCACAGCUUCAAAGGCCAAGACGACAAGCCCGAGGGAGACCCCAGCGCCAGAAGGUGGCGGUCCGAAGAAGCGAAAGGCACUGCCGACGGGUACCGGUCAAGCAAAGAAGAGCAAGAAUGGAGCGGCCGGCAUGUCUCCGUCGGUUGCUUCGUCUCCUGUAAUGAGCAACUUCCCUGACCCAGUGUUGCCUCGAGGCUCCCCCGCGCCGAUGACUGUGACCCCUGUACCCCCAGCUCCCAAACCUCCCACUGCCUCGAGGGCCAAGCAAAGCACCACGCAAGCAGCUGUGGAAGGCGGUAAACAGUCUCGGCCGCCGUCGUCUGCCUCAGGAGCCAAGCCUAACGGAGCGGCCACGGCCGCGGCACCCCUGCCUCCGCCGACACCCGAAGCGGUGCCUCUUCCCGUCUUGCCGAAGCCUGCAGCCGAAGUAAAAGCUGCGUUCAAGGAGCCCUCUGCGCCGCCGGUGCCAGAACCGACAAAGAAAGAGCCCGAUACGGCUGAACCGAGCAUCAAGCCCAGUAUUCCUGCGGCGAAGCAAAAGAAGGAAACACCGAAGCCCGAGGAGCCGGAGACGCCAGUGGAGACACCGGCACCAACUGCUCAGACGGUCACCGCUGCGACAGUGACAAAGAGUGGACGCGCCAGCAAGCCAUCAACACCAGCCAUGGCGACCUUCCAAGAGGCAGCAAGGCCUAAGUCAGCCCGCACUACGGACGGCACGAAGGCCAGCAAACGGAAGAAGAGCAGCGCGGUCAUUAACACAAAGACUGCCAAAACAGCGGGCCAGCCCGAAGAGAGUGAUGAUGUAGAUGAAUCGGAGAUUCAGGCGGGCAAACGCAGCUACGAUUACACGGAGGAUGAACCGACAUAUUGCUACUGCCAAGGUGUAAGCUACGGCGAAAUGGUCGCCUGUGACGCAGCAAACUGCGAGCGGGAAUGGUUCCAUCUCAACUGCGUAGGCCUCAAGGUGGCACCUACCGGAAGCUCGAAAUGGUAUUGCGAGGUGUGCCUGCAAAAGUUUUCAAAGUCGGGCAAGAAGCUCAGCCACAAGUACAACGUGCUGCCGAAUUCAACCAGUAUCUCGGGCAAGCCACGACCCCCUUACGCCUGAGUCGGUUGUUACGAAGUAAAUGUAAUGGGCAACUGAGGGGUGGUAUAUACCACAUUCCAUAUGGCGUUGGUUUGCAUUCUGCUGUCUGGCAUGGAAGUCGGGCGCAAUGUCCUGGAUACCUUUGAAGCAUCGGGGGUUCGUUGUGGGAAAUGGAUUCAAGUGGCUCAAGGCAUAUACAAACUUGCUGUCCCUUUGCGAAUGGAGUAAACAGUACAUAUUACUGGGAUGACAAGAGGCGCGGGGUGUUUUUCUUUCUUUUUGGAGUUGUUCAACUGGGUUGUUUGGGACACACAGAGUCAGCAAUCUGGCCCGUCAUGUCGAAAGCGUUCUUGUCUUGUAACCCGUCAUCUGCAAUUGGCCACGGUCGGUAGUCCCUUUUUCGCUGGGCGUUAGACGAGCAUCUACGAAUACUUGAGAGCUACGGCUCAAAAAGGUUCAAACGUUUCUCCAUGACUUGAGCACCUUAGUUCCCCG